GAAAGGAAUAUUACUACCCAUGUGUACUCAAACACACACAUGUAUAUAACUUUAAGACAUAGGUAUACUUAGUAUGAGUGUGAGCAAUCUGAGUAUAACACACACAAAGCAUCUUUGGAGCUUUUUGGACCGACAGCCUUGUCUGGGUUAAGGAUGUCUUUAUCUGGCAGCUUUCUGUCUGAUGAGCAGUUCCAGUGCUCCAUAUGUUUAGACGUGUUCACAAACCCUGUGUCCACGCCAUGCGGCCACAGCUUCUGUAUGUCCUGCAUCAGCAGAUACUGGGUUGGAGCUAAGGUUUGCCAGUGUCCUCUAUGUAAGAAGACCUUCCAGAAGCGGCCGGACCUCCAGAUCAACAGGACGCUACGAGAAAUCACUGAGCAGUUCAAAUCCAUGAGAGGUGACGGCGUGAUGGGGAAGGAGAAAGGACGACGGAAGGGAGGAAGAGGAGAUGGAGGCAUGCCGCAUAACUUUUUUGGUGAACUGAAGAAGAAGCUGCCCCGCCCUCUGCCAAAGAUACCCCAAACACAGACCUGUGAGGCUUCGGGUCAGGGUGAGACCAUUUCAGCAUUGCUUCUACCAGUCACAAACUCACAGGCUUCAUCAGUACCAAACCACAGUGCCAUCACAGGUUAUACUAACGCACCUCUACCACCUCCAAACCCUUGGUCCCGCUCCAGCAGCCGCAGAAGAUUCACCUUAAGUGGGGCCGCUAGUAGCCGUGACAUCCCUGUCUGUGAUAGUCACAAGAGGGGAAUAACGAUUUAUUGCAGGACCGACCACGUGUGUAUUUGUCCUGAAUGUGAGAUGGAGGACCAUUACGACCACGACACUGUGACCGUUGAGAGCAAAUGGAUGGAAACUAAGGAACAGGUAAAGGUGUCGGAGCAGGAGAUCCAGGAGUUGAUCGAUAUGAGGACAAGUAAAAUUGAAGAGAUAAAGAUCUCAGUGACUGAACUAGAGAUGUCAGUGGACCGAGAGACGGCAAGCAGUGUGUGUCUGUUCUCAAUGCUGGCCUCUGCCAUCGAACGCUCCCAGGCGGACCUGAUAGAGGUGAUGGAUAUCAGCCGGAGGGCGGCAGAGCACCAGGCCGAUUCUAUGAUACGGCAGCUUGAGAGGGAGGUCGAAGAACUCAGAGGGAAACAAAGCGCUCUUGCUGAGCUCGCCCAGUCAGAUGACCACUUACACUGUGUCAAGACAUUCCCCGUCCUCUCAAAACCCUCGAAUGCCAAAGACUGGUCAGGAGUGUCACUGAACACUGACCUAGGAACUGCAGCAGUCUACAAAUCUCUGGCAGAUGUGAUGGAAAAGUUCCAGCAAGAGCUAAAGAAUGUCAUAGAAACUGGUUAUCCUGCUCCAGUACUGGGACACAGUCUAGUCCGAACACACAAUAGGAUGAAGAGAGUACAGGAGUAUGCACUGAAUGUGACUCUGGACUCAAAAACGGCCCAUCCCAGACUGUUGCUAUCAAAGAAUAUGAAAAGUGUGAGGUGUGGAGAUCGACAACACUUUGUGUCAGACACCCCUGAGAGGUUUGACAGAGUGGUGUGUGUCCUGGGGAGAGAAGCUAUCUCUUCUGGGAAACAUUACUGGGAGGUGGAGGUGGGUGGGAAAACUGACUGGGAUCUGGGUGUGGCCAGACAAUCAGUCAACAGGAAAGGGAAGGUUGAUUAUACCCCAGACAAUGGCUUCUGGUUCCUCAGUUUAAGAGACAGGAGUAAUUACACUUUUCAAAGUGAGCCAUGGACAGACGUCCAGCUGAACCUCCGACCUAAUAAGAUUGGAAUAUUUGUGGACUAUGAGAAUGGACAGGUGUCUUUUUAUAACGUUGAUGCCAAAGUCCACAUCUACACCUUCAAUGACAUUUUCACUGAAAAUCUCUACCCGUUCUUCAGUCCCUGCACUAAUAAAUCUGGAAAGAACGACAUACCAAUGAGUAUCACGCCAGUUAACAUGACAGAUUAAUAUGUUUUGUUUGAUAACUUGAUUUUUUUUUCUGUGUACUUAAAUGCUUUGUAAAAUAUAUAUAGCAUUUAAGUGUGUGUUUUUUGUAAACCAUAGUUACUAUCUCAUCAAUGAACUUAGUAAUUUGUCAUCUGCUUUUUUGUAAAAAUAACCCAGUAUCCACAUAUUUUAACUUUGUUACUGCUAACUUUCAUGUUAAGCAAAGUCAGAUAACAUCAAGUGCCAUCAUCUGCUUAGUUUUAGUUUUCAUUUUAGGACAAUGCUAACUGUUUGCAUGUAUUUUAUGCUAAGCUAGCUUAAAUGCUACUGUUUAGAGCAGCACACAAGAGCUGUUGAUUUACUUACUGUUAAAACAAUAAAAAUAAAAUAAAAAAUAAAUAGCAGCUUAAACAAAAAAGGGAAGGUAGUACUUUCUUUAGUUUUCAAGACAUGGUUACUGGUCUGUCUUGCUAGGGUAUUAAUGAAUGAUAUAAAAUAUGAGAGCACCAGUGUAGCAUGUACAUAUUCCCCUCUUACCACAUGUGGAGACAUGGGAAGAGAUGUUUUUAACUCUUUAUUAAUUGUUGAUGUCCCCUGCUUGACUUUGUUUCAUUUUGUAAUUUUUGAUGUAAUGACAAAGAUUCCAACUAAUACAACCUAAAUCUCUAAACAUU